GUAAGAUCCAGCUUGGUCCGGUGCCGGCAGUCCAUGAGGCUUUCAUGAUGCAGGAGCGCAACUUAAAGAUCCUGCGCGCCAUGGUUGCGCAUGAGGAGAACAGAUUCUGUUUUGAUUGCCACCAGAGAGGACCAACGUAUGUCAACAUCACCGUAGGUUCUUUUGUUUGCACCACAUGCGGAGGAGCGUUACGAAAGUAUAAUCACCGAGUUAAAUCUAUAUCGAUGUCCAACUUCUCACAGUCAGAAAUGGAUUUCUUACGCAAACGCGGAAAUAAGGCAUGCAGAAAAAUAUAUUUGGCGCUGAGUGACGAUCAGGGAUUCGUGGAGAAGGAACUAGGAGAUGCUGCUCGUGAUGAGUAUCUGCGGCAAAAGUAUCAGAUGCAGAAGUGGUACCGUGAGCCAACCGUAGAUCUGGAUACCGAGGCAAUUCAAGAAAAUCAGCAAAUAUUAGAUAGAAUCGACCAGGGGGGAUCACAACAAAAAUGCUCGCGUAAUCCACCGACGAACGCCGCUGCUGGUCUGUUACUGCCUUCACGACAGGCUUCGGUGUCGAGCAGCAGCAUAGGCAGUACGUCAUCCGCCUCCCUAGGCCCUCCUGUUUCUGCAAACGGAUUACAGACGCACCCACCUCCUCUAUCUCCACCGCGUUCUGGCCCGUGUUCCGGUGUCCAGUUGGAGUCUUCUCGUUCCACCCUGCUAGUUUCUUCUCCAAAAGCAGUGACCACGGUAGAAGACCCGUUCGCUGCAUUUUCUGUAUCGUCUGCUCCUUCUGGGGUUACAGGUACACAGGAUAAUUUCUUUGCAGACUUUCCGUGGGGUACAGCACCUUCCAUUCCCAGUCCAAAUACCGCUCUAACGAAACCGUUCAGUGAAUCAGCUUGCACUACUACAUUUGAUGUCUUGACUAACGCCCCUUUGAACUCUAAACGAAGUGGUUCUGUUUUCCCGCCAGCUACCCAAACUGGUGACAAGUACGCGGCUCUUGCAGAACUCGAUGGUCUUCUAAAAAACGCGGUUGCGUCAAGUGCUCCGGUGCGCCCCGAAUCUACGACUGUUUUUCGCUUUCCGGGCCCUUCUGCCCCCAUUACCUCACCCAGCGCGCCGUUCGCGCUGUCUUCUGCUUUCCCAACCAGUACUUUCAGUUCAACCCAAAUGAGUCAACAAUCUCAGAACCCAUUUGUCGCUGCUGUGGCGAACACUUCGUCCGUACCCAGACAGUACAGUGCCUCUAAUCCUUUCACCAGUCCUGUUCCUCCGACACCACAAUCUUUCGGCUCUCCCUUUACCACCGCACCAAUCUCAGUUCCACCACUGUCGGCUGUCGUACCCACUCCGCGGAAUCCAUUCUUUUCAGACCACCAACUACGUGCGCAGUGGCCGAGCAACAGUACGAAUCCGUUUUCGACAGCUGAAAAGUCAGGAACUUCUAAUGGGAAGUCAUCAUAUCCGUGGGCUUCGCACUCCAGUGGAGUAUUUAACCCAAGUGACGGUUUGUCGACGAACGGAGUAUUCCCUUCUACAAAAACGGAAGCCCCUUGUCCGAACCCACAGACGGUUUUUGAUCAAUCUUUCUCCGAUUUUGCUCCAUUCGGACGUUGAUUGCCGAUGUAUACAUGAUUGAAUAUCUAUAUCCAUCUUUAUUGAUCUGCCGUCGUUUAGGAUUGCGGUUAUUGUACGAGACUGUUUAAUCUCCCCCUGUCCACUUUCCAGUGCGCUAGUCGUCCCGCUAAUGGAAUGAUCCAUUGCAUUUGUACGUGUUCCAGAUUCCUCACCCAGCUUACACAGCCCCACUCAACCAUUGGCUUCAUUAAACGACCACACCUGGUUCGAACCAACACACACACCGGUUCCCCUGCUUUCCAUCCACUCUACAUUCACUGUGGUCUUUAUCCUUGUGAUGAUUUAUCCUCCGGCCAUACUCCGAAUAGUCAUUUUAAUUUUUAUCAUUUUAUUCAGUGUUUAUUUUUUCUCCUUUUCGUAUAUUUUGUGGGUGCCUGUUCCGAUGCUGUUGCUGUCUCUCUGUCAACACAUCCGUCGCUCACAUUCACCUUGUUCAUGCAACAGCGAACAUUCCACGUCUGAGUGUGUACUCCGACCGAUGCUCCGUUGCACGCCUUCCAUCCACUCACGACGACGUUUCCCCACUCCUGAUUAUUUCUGCACAAUGAGAACAAUUUCAUUUCCAGCGAAGUCACGACGCUGGUUGCGUAGUUUUACUUAUGUCCGUAUGUAUUUUUGAUGCCUAGUUUGUCUAGCUUGUGUCGCCUGUCAGAACAGUUUCUAUGUUGUCGCAGACUUGCAAAGAUACAAUGCCAA